AGAGCCGCCUCCCGGGCCACCGGGCCUCACAACGUCUGCCUCCUCCUCACCCGCAGGGCCCACGGCUUUUAUGCCAGAGAUGCCGGAGUCACCCACAGAAAAAACCUGGGACUGCUCAGAAAGAUAAUGUGUCAGGAAAGUACUAAAUUCAAGAAUGUUUGGACAACUCAUUCUGCAUCUCCUAUUGCAUAUGAAAGAGGAAGAAUUUACUUAGACAAUUACCAGUGCUGUAUUAGCAGCAUUGCACAAGAGCCAAGAAUACUUUAUCAAAAGGAAAAGUGUUCGAAGUCAGAAAAAAUAGAAGAUGCUUUAUUAUUGGAAUGCCCACUGGGAGAAAUGCUACCAAGUCCAUCACACUAUAAAUCUUCCCUGAUAGUCUUGACAGUGCGGAACUGGCUUCUACGUCUCUCUGCUGAUAGUGGAGAAAUACUGGAAAAAAUACACCUUGCUGGUUCCUCAUGCAAAUUCAGGUAUCUGAGCUGGGAUACUCCUCAAGAGGUAAUGGUUGUAAAGUCAGCUCAGAAUAAGCUCCCUGCAGCAGCACGACAAGCAGGUAUCCAACACUCAGUAUUGUUCUAUCUUGCUGUAUUCCAAGUUUUGCCUCUUUCAUUCGUUGGAAUGCUAGAAAUAAACAAAAAG